UUUCAACCACGAUCCCGCCUCAGCCAUCCGAAACAGCUGAGAAUUGAAAGGCGCAGGAAUCUCAGAGAGAGAGAGAGAGAAAAAUCUACACAGAGACAUACAUAUAGAGAUAGAGAGAGAAAGAGAUAUAAAAGAGACGGAGAGGUGUAUCGAUAUAUAGAGAGAGUAAUUGGAGUCUGUGCUCUGAGUUCAACAUUUGAGUUUUCUUGUUGAAGCUAUCCAAUAUGGAGUCAAUGUUACAUCCAUCGACUCUCUCGGCUGUAUCCAAAACCCUAAAUCCCAAUUCCAAUCCUCUCAUCUCUCAUCUCCACCGCCAUUUCUCCACCACUCGCCCGACUCAAUGUCUCCGUACUCGACUCGUAUCUCUUCAACUCAGACGCAUUUUCAACGGCGAGUUUCGCAGAUCGAAUGUGUUCGGUUCAAUUUCUUGUUCGUCAAAUUCCCUUAGGAGUUUGUGUGCAGUGCAAGUGCCUCCAGGUAGGUGUCGCUUGGGUUGUGUUGCGAGCUCCGCUGCUUCGUUUGCUUCUGGUGCUGGCGGCGGCGACGGAGGAAUUGGAGGAAGAGGCGGCGGCGAUGGUGAUGGUGCGUCAGACGGUGGGGAAGCUAAGUCGAACCCGACUGCAGUAGGGUCCGAAGAGGUUUCAGCUCUGUCGCCUGAUGUAAUAGUUCUUGAUGUCGGAGGGAUGACAUGUGGCGGAUGUGCAGCAAGUGUGAAGAGAAUUUUGGAAAGUCAACCACAAGUAUCGUCUGCAUCUGUUAAUCUUACAACAGAGACAGCAAUUAUAUGGCCUGUAUCUGAAGCCAAGGUUGCACCAAACUGGAGAAAAAUUUUAGGGGAGACACUUGCAAAGCAUUUGACCAGUUGUGGGUUUCACUCCAACCUUCGAGAUCCUACGCGAAAUAACUUCUUUGAAGUAUUUGAAAGGAAGAUGGAAGAAAAGCGUAAUCAGCUAAAAGGAAGUGGUCGUGAGCUUGCUGUCUCUUGGGCUUUAUGUGCUGUAUGCCUCUUUGGCCAUCUUUCUCAUUUCUUUGGUGCUAAGGCUUCAUGGAUCCAUGCAUUUCAUUCAACAGGUUUCCAUCUUUCUUUGUGCCUGUUUACAUUGCUUGGUCCUGGACGCCAACUCAUUGUUGAUGGUCUGAAAAGCCUCAUUAAGGGGGCUCCAAAUAUGAAUACUUUGGUCGGUCUUGGGGCUUUGUCAUCGUUUGGUGUCAGCUCAUUAGCUGCCUUCAUACCAAAACUGGGUUGGAAAGCAUUCUUUGAGGAGCCAGUUAUGUUAAUUGCAUUUGUUUUGUUGGGGAGGAAUCUUGAACAGAGAGCUAAAAUCAAAGCCUCCAGUGACAUGACAGGCCUUCUAAGUGUUUUGCCAUCCAAAGCUCGUCUUGUGGUCAAUGGCGAUGCAGAAGAGUCUUGCUCAACUGUUGAAGUUCCUUGUAACAGUCUCUCAGUCGGAGAUAAAAUUGUUAUACUACCUGGAGACCGUAUUCCAGCUGAUGGAAUUGUCAGAGCUGGGAUAAGUGCGGUCGACGAGUCAAGUUUCACUGGGGAGCCUCUUCCUGUGACCAAACUACCUGGGGCUGACGUUGCAGCAGGAAGUAUAAACCUAAAUGGAACACUUACUGUGGAAGUACAAAGACCUGGUGGCGAGACUACCAUGGGAGACAUCGUUCGUUUAGUAGAAGAAGCGCAGAGUAGAGAAGCACCUGUACAGCGGUUGGCUGACAAGGUGGCCGGGCACUUCACUUAUGGAGUAAUAUCACUCUCCGCUGCCACAUUUAUGUUCUGGAACCUGUUUGGUGCACGGAUUCUACCAGCCGCUCUUCAUCAAGGAAGUCUUUCAGUGGCGCUACAGCUCUCUUGCAGUGUUCUGGUUGUUGCUUGUCCGUGUGCACUUGGCUUAGCAACUCCUACUGCUGUGCUGGUUGGAACUUCAUUGGGGGCUACAAGAGGAUUACUUUUACGUGGUGGACAUAUCUUAGAGAAAUUUUCAAUGGUGAACACAAUUGUGUUUGACAAAACAGGGACAUUAACAAUUGGUAGACCUGUUGUGACAAAGGUCGUGACACAAGAGCUCAAGAAAGAUACAAAAUCAGAACUAAAUUCAAAUUGUAAUUGGUCAGAAGUUGAGGUUCUACAGUUGGCUGCUGGAGUUGAAUUGAAUACAAACCAUCCAAUUGGGAAAGCAAUCGUGGAAGCCGCUCGUGCUGCUAAUUGUCCCAUUGGGAAGGUAGCAGAUGGAACAUUCACUGAGGAACCUGGGUUUGGGGCAGUAGGAAGUAUUGAGAAUAAAAAGGUAUCUGUUGGGACACUGGACUGGGUUCGAAGGCAUGGAGCUGAUGAGAAUCCAUUUCAAGAACUGGAGGAGCAUAAGAAUCAAUCAAUUGUUUAUGUGGGAGUGGAUAGUACGCUGGUUGGUUUUAUUUAUGUUGAGGAUCAGAUCAGAGAAGAUGCUAGGCAUGUUGUGGAAUGUUUGUCUAAGCAAGGAAUAAGUAUAUACAUGCUAUCUGGGGACAAAAAGAGUACUGCUGAGUAUGUUGCAUCAGUUGUUGGUAUUCCUAGAGAAAAGGUGCUAUAUGGAGUCAAACCGGAUGAAAAAAAGAACUUCAUAAGAGAACUCCAGAUGGAUCAGAAUAUUGUAGCUAUGGUCGGCGAUGGAGUUAAUGAUGCUGCAGCCUUGGCUUCAUCACAUGUAGGAGUUGCCAUGGGUGGAGGUGUUGGAGCUGCUAGUGAGGUGUCUUCUAUUGUGCUAAUGGGCAACAGAUUGUCCCAGUUGCUAGAUGCUCUGGAGCUUAGCAGACUGACCAUGAAGACUGUUAAGCAAAAUCUUUGGUGGGCUUUUGCAUACAAUAUGGUUGGAAUUCCAAUUGCAGCCGGAAUGCUGCUGCCAGUCACAGGGACUAUGUUGACUCCAUCAAUUGCCGGAGCCCUCAUGGGUUUAAGCUCUCUUGGUGUGAUGACAAAUUCGCUGCUUUUGAGAUUCAAAUUUGGCUCAAAACAGAAGCACAAUAGUGAAGCAUCAUUAAAGAUGAAACCCCCUUUAAAUUCUCAUUUGCAUGUAGAAGAAAAGACAAGAUGAAACAAUACUAAUAAUAUUCUGCUGCUAAAUGGGGAAAUUUACCAUAAUGGAGAGUGAGAGACAAUUUUGUAUUGGAUAAUUGUUUUUAUAGAUAAUAGAUAAUCAUUUUUGUAGUUCAAUAAUUCUUGUCGAAAGUCUUAUGUUGGGAAACCUCUUCUUUCUUGUCUGUUAUGGAACGACAGACAAUCUCUAUGAAAUUAAUGGUAUCCUUGAACGGAGGUUCAUAACUCUUUAAAUGACAGUGUUCACAAAAUUGAUGGAUAUACGGAUUUAAUGUCAUUCUUGUAUAUAUAAUUAUAAUGUUACUUAUAUA